AUGUCUUCUACUUCAGCUGAGUCCCGCACCGCCUGGCGUCCCUCCAAAGCUCUCCAGAUGGAGACAGCGUUCGCUAUUCAUAUUCCAGCAGUUGACAACUCCGAGGAGUACAAGUUCCUGCCCGGUCAUUUUGCUAUUGACCGUGUCUUGGAAGUGAAUUCAACCGACGGUAAAUCUACAUACACUGUCAAACUCCAAAGUGGUGAGCGCGAGACGUCCCCGUCGCUUGCUGAUCGCUCAUACCUCGCACAGAUGUCAUACUCUCAGCUAUCAAACAUGGAUAAUGGACCGCAGUCGCUGAGCGAGUUCAAGGAAGGAUCAGAGUCCAAUGAGGAAUCAGACUCGAGCGAUAAUGAAAUCGAGUCCAGUGACGACGAAAUUCAAAUCGUUGGAGCACGUCGUUUUUCCCGACAUCCGUUUCCAUCCACCGACGGUGCAGCAUCUGAGAACGGAACCGAAAUGCAAUCGUCGAGAUCUUCCAGCUCUCGGGGUCUGCUGCGCCAUGCAACGACAGGCGGAUACACUCAAUUCUAUGACCCUAUGGACCUUGAAGAUUCAGACAGCGAUGAUGUUACACCCGUAUAUGGCCUGCGCCGGUUUAGGAGAGAGAGAUUAAACACCGCGCGUAUCUCAAGUCGACAAAGGAAAUCACUGCGGAAGAACCUACGGGAGCGAUUGGAGGAUGACCUUUCCGAUUAUGAGCCCGUGGCCAAGACACAGCAACAAGAGAAAUUCUCCGGAGCGAGGGAGUUCUUCUACCAACGUCCACCUGGCGACGAGUUCAGAGAGUGGCACUGUCUGUAUUGCUCCGUCUGCAAGACCUACGAUGAUCAUCCCGAGAAGGGGCCUUUGGUAUUCUGUCAGGGGUGCACAUCUUCAUACCAUCAAUCUUGCCUAGGUUUGCGAAGCGCUCGAAAGCAUCUAGUUACGAAAAUCCACGAUGGUUUCAUUCUCCAGUGCCAUCGCUGCUUGGGAGUUGACAACGAACGGCACGAUGUAUGCCCUCAUUUGGGCUACUGUGCAGGAUGCAAACAAGGAGGCCCAAUGUCAAAGCCACUGCGAGAACGUCUUACAUCUCAAGAAGAACAGCAGCUGCGAAUUGAAAAUGGAGGCAUAGAUCCAAUCACUGCUGUGAAUAUGUCUAUGGUCAACAGCAAAAGCAUCGAGAGCAUCCUUUUUCGUUGCGUCGAGUGUCAUCGAGGUUUUCAUCUACAUCAUUUGCUGAAACAAGGAAAAUCUGUGGCAGAGCGGGAUAAUAUCGAGGCGUUAUUCGCUCAGUUUAGCGUUCACUGGCAGUGCAAGGAUUGCUCUGAUGCCCCUGGAGACGUUGAAACUAUCGUGGCCUGGCGACCAGCCAACCCCAAAAAUAGCAAAGCCCUGUCUGGCCGUCUGGUUGAACUUGUGCCAGAGAUCGACAAAGAAUAUUUGGUCAAAUGGAGAAAGAUGUCCUAUUUCCGUGCCACUUGGGUCCGUGGCGACUGGCUCUGGGGUGUCACUUUCCACACCACGCGUCAAAAAUUCUUCAACAAGUUUCCUAGGCCAAUUUCAAAUGCCGAAAAAGCUAUUCCAGAGGAGUUUCUUCGAGUGGACAUUGUAUUCGACGUUGUCUAUUCAGAAGCUGCGACUAUGCCAGAUGACAAAACAGAUCCGUCGAUGGUCGAACGCGCCUAUGUCAAGUAUAAGGGCUUGGCGUAUGAAGACUCGGUCUGGGAAUCGCCCCCGCUCCCCUUCGAGGCUCAAUGGGACGAUUUCAAACUCGCUUUCAAUGACUGGAUGUAUCAGGAUACCAUUCGCCCGCCGCCUGAGAUGGAGGACUGUCUCUCGCAGCUUCGAACACAGGAUUUUGAAACAAGCCUUUUAUUGGACUCUCAGCCAAAGCUCAUGACGGGGGUUGGCGAUCUCAUGGGAUAUCAGCUAGAUGGCGUCAAUUGGCUCUAUUACAAGUUUCUACAGCAGAAAAAUUGCAUUCUUGCUGAUGAUAUGGGCCUAGGAAAAACCAUCCAAGCCAUUGGUCUAUUUGCGACUUUGAUAGAGCACAGCUGCUGGCCGUUUUUAGUCGUGGCUCCUAAUUCAACUUGUCAGAAUUGGCGUCGCGAGAUCAAGGCCUGGGCGCCUAAGAUUCGGGUGGUCACAUACUAUGGUUCUUCGAAUGCUCGUCAGAUGGCCUGGGACUACGAGAUGUUUCCUGACGGCAAAGAACUCCGAUGCCACGUGGUGAUCGCCUCUUACGAGAGCAUCAUCUACGAUGGGGCUAAGAUUGACAAGAUCAAAUGGGCAGGUUUGGUGGUUGAUGAGGGACAACGCCUCAAAAAUGCCAAGUCUUUACUCUACAAGCGUCUUCACCACAUGCCUCCGAAGCUCGGUUUCCGAGCGCUGCUUACAGGCACACCUCUCCAGAACAAUAUUCGGGAGCUGUUCAAUUUGGUUCAAUUUCUGGACACAAGCAGAAAUGCGGGACAAUUGGAACAGCAGUAUGGAGACCUUACUUCGGACAACAUCCGGGCUUUGCACGAUAUGAUCCGGCCCUUUUUCUUACGACGCACCAAGGCCGAGGUUCUGCCGUUCUUGCCGCCUAUGGUACAGAUAAUCGUUCCCGUCUCUAUGUCUACUGUGCAGAAGAAGCUCUACAAGUCGAUCCUCAGCAAAAGCCCAGAGCUGAUCAAGGCAAUUUGUCAGAAAAGCCAGUUGAAGAAAUCCGAGCGACAGAACUUGAACAACAUCUUGAUGCAGCUCCGAAAGUGUUUGUGCCACCCUUUCGUUUACAGCCGUAAUAUCGAAGAACAGACGCUUCACUAUGAUCCAGUUGUUUCACACCGGCACUUGGUAGAGGCAUCUGGAAAGCUUCAGUUACUUGGCCUAAUGCUGCCGAAAUUGCGUGAACGCGCACACCGAGUCUUGAUCUUCAGCCAGUUUCUAGAGAAUCUGGACAUCGUUGAGGACUUCCUUGAUGGCCUUGGAAACGAAUACAAAUACCGUCGCCUAGAUGGUAGUUUGUCGUCGUUACAGAAACAGGCACAGAUCGACGACUUUAAUGCUUCCGACUCUCCUUAUUUCGCGUUCCUAUUGUCCACCCGCUCCGGCGGCGUUGGCAUUAACCUUGCAAGUGCAGAUACCGUCAUCAUUAUGGAUCCAGACUUCAAUCCGAAACAGGACAUACAGGCACUUUCCCGUGCGCAUCGAAUUGGUCAAAAAAACACAGUUCUUGUAUUCCACCUGGUCACUCGAGAUACCGUGGAAGAACGUAUUAUGCAAAAGGGCAAGACAAAGCUGGCAUUGGACCACGUGCUUAUCGAACGCAUAGAGAAUGAAGACGAGGAGAAUUUGGAAUCUAUCCUCCGACAUGGUGCUGAAACAUUGUUCAGCAAUGUUUCUGCAGACAUCACAUACACCUCCGACUCCAUUGACAGACUCUUGGAUCGAAGCCAAGCGGAGCAAGCAGACAAAAUUGCCCAGGACACGACCACUACCGACCACUCUCAAUUCAACUUUGCGCGCGUGUGGCAGAAUGACAGAGGAACUCUUGAGGCUAUAACCGAAGGUGAAGAGACUCCUGUGGAUACAACCUUUUGGGAUCAGAUCCUCCAAGAACGUGAGCUCGCAGCAGCAAAAGAGGCCCAGGAAAAAGUGGAGGGCCUUGGUCGUGGCAAGCGCAAGCGAGCAGCAGUCAACUACAGUACUAAGGACGAACUAAUCGAUCUCCCGCCUGUGAAACAGCAGAAGACGGGCGACGCUGACCAGGAGUUCGAGCUAGAGGAGGAUGAGGAUGAGGCUGAGGAAUCGGAGUCGAGUGAAAUCGAGGCAGUGCCCGAAAUCAUCGAUUUAACGGAGAGUGAUCGGCCUCCGCUUCAAGUCAAACCCCGUCUAUUCGUUCCAGUCCAGUCUCCUAAAGCACCAAUCCCUUCUAAACUACCAAUUCCUACGGAGAACAACACCAACGCCACACAUCGGCCUGCUUGUAUCGUCUGCAGCCAGAAACAUCUAGGCGGUAGAUGCCCAUUGAAGUUGGCUGGCGUCCAGAACUGUCCGCUUUGCGGUCUAGCACAUUUCGGCGAACGUCGCUCUUGCCCACAUCUACUGUCUCCAACCCAAAUCCGUCGAAUGAUGGCCGCAUUGUCCAAAAGUACCGAGGCUCCGGUACUCCUUGACUUGGCGUGGAAGUAUCUGCGUGGUGUCAUGGGUCACUUGAAUGCACGUGAACGGAAGGCGGCUGGCGCUGUGGCUGCCCAACAUCAUCAUAAUCAGACCUCCCAGAGUCCCGUUCCUGUCAACUUAUCCGUCGAUCGAUUUUUCGCUUCUCAAUCACCCGUCUUCCAACAUGUCACUACUGGCUUGACGACCGCAAAGCAGGAUAGGCCGCAUAAAAUUUACACUUCGCCCUAUUUUGCCCCGGCCUGCCAGGCGCCUGCUUCGAAGCCUCACAGUCCUCCGUCUUCUUUCCCCGCUGAGAAGGAGGUCUGA